UGUCUCCAGAGAACAACUCACUCUGGUCUCCAUUUUUGGAGUUGAGGAUUUCUCUUGGCCGUAGCCACCGAUGCGUCACGUUUGGGUCGUCAUCCUAGUGGCAUAUCGCAGACCUUAUCGCAAGAUGAUCACAGCGGGCUGGGCUGUUUUCAUGCUCAAUUGAGCAUAUGAGGCAUGGUAACCGUCAUUGGGUGGUCGGACAGAAAAUGACAAAGAAAAAAGCUUUCUCGGAUGCUCCCGCCGAAUGUUGGGCAAUUGCCGAGCCCGCCAGCACACAUGAGGCUCCAUUCAAUCGAGGGGCUGCUGCAAUCAGUUGCUUGAGUGACGACUGGUGGACCGCUCCCAACACUGGCGGUCAAAAAGGAUAGUGUAGGUGGCUUACCUAAUACAAACUCAAUGCUGCAGUCCCUCACUGUGGUAGGCUGGGUGUGCUUCUCCCGUGCCCGUCUUCAGCAAAACGGCCUCCGCUGGCGGGGUAAAUUGGAAUGAGUGAAAGGCCCAGAAACCGAUCGUCGUCGGCACCUGGAACCACCGAACAACUUCUUUUCGCGCGCCCCUCCCCCAUCAACAACAACAACACCAACAACAACACAACACUCGCCCUAACAUCGGCAUCGUCUCACCCUAAUAAAUCCCCUCACAUCACCGAACCAGACACACAACAGCAACCUACAAAUCAUGUCCUGGCAAGCUUAUGUUGACUCGAGCCUCGUCGGCUCCGGCCACAUCGACAAAGCCGCCAUCGUCAGCGCCGCCGGCGACAGCACUUGGGCCGCGACCCCCGGCUUCACCGUCUCUCCCUCAGAAAUAACCUCCAUCAUCUCCAUUCUCAACGAAACCGACAAGUCCAACGGCCCCGCCGCCACCAAGGCCUUCGCCGAGGGCAUCCACGUCGGCGGAGAGCGCUACGUUGCCACCCGCAACGAGGACCGUCACGUCUACGGCCGCCAGGGGAGGACGGGUAUCUGCAUCGUCAAGACCAAACAGGCCAUCCUCGUCGGCCACUACGGCGAGAACGCCCAGGCCGGCAACGCCACCCAGACGGUCGAGGCGCUGGCUGAUUACCUGAUUGGUCUUGGUUAUUAAGUGCGGGAAAGACGGUGGUGUACGAAAGCGGCGGUAGGUUGUUUAAAGAAAGGGGGGUUUAUGACAAUUCAUAUGAAGAAGAUGGUUGAUUAGAGAUGGUGGUGGGAUGAGGAAUGAGGGAAAGAGAAAGAAGAAGACGCCCCUUUUUUUUUGUUGAAUCUCUCAAAUGAAUGUGCACAACUGGCUGGUUCGAGAUGAUUAUAUCGCUGUUGUUGAUUGUGUUGGUGUAGCUGGUGCUGUGCUGGUGGUGCUGGUAGUCGAUGCUUGUUACCUUUUGCAACCCCCUACUUAGCUAGGUCUAUGUUCC